CGGUUGUUGCUUCUCUGAAUUAGCCUCUUCAUCUGCCAUGGCUCACAGCAGAACCCAGUAGCUAGCGAGACGAGAGCUGGCACUCAACACAUCAUUCUGCCGUCGGGAGAGGAAAAAGCUCCUGUCAGAUAUAUCCUUAUCAGGAUUGGAAGAAACAGUGUUGCUGGUCACAACGUCAUUUUAAGAAAGUUCCCUGGUUUGAUUCUGUAUAUCUCAGACCUAACCAAGCACCACACAUACUGAUAUCUCAGACCUAACCAAGCACCACACAUACUGAAGUGCAAUUCAUGGGAGCGGUCUGAACCCUGGAAAGUUUUGUAUCUUUUGCCAGGGUCGUUUUUGUUCGGGGACUCAACAGGUUUGUUGUUGUUGGAGUCUACUUGAGCAGUGGAGCCUGAGGACAGGGGAGGAUGACGACCAUGCAGAGACUGCUGCAGCUGCCAGUGAAUGCGGUGAACAUGGUGAAGACGGUGCAGAGCCAGGUCCAGGGACAGGAGGAGGCCAAGAGCCCUGUGUUGACCCCAGAUGGGAUCCAGCAGAACUGGUACAACGCCCUGCAGCCUGAUGAGCUACGCCACCUUCGCUCUGGAGGAGGAGGUGGAAGAGGAGGAGGAGACCAGGAAGAGCAGGCCCAUCUGGAAGAGGGUGGAGGAGGUGGGGGGUCCAGUGCCCAGACCCAGCCUCUGCGACAUGAUGACUUGAAGGAGAUGUUGGACAGCAACAAAGAUUCCCUGAAGCUCGAGGCCAUGAAAAGGAUUGUGGCUAUGAUAGCAAGAGGAAAGAACGCCUCGGAUCUCUUCCCAGCGGUGGUGAAGAAUGUGGCCUGCAAGAACAUUGAGGUGAAGAAGCUGGUCUACGUGUAUCUGGUGCGAUAUGCUGAAGAGCAGCAGGACUUGGCCCUGCUCUCCAUCUCCACAUUCCAGCGGGGGUUAAAGGACCCUAACCAGCUGAUCAGGGCCAGCGCUCUGCGUGUGCUCUCCAGCAUCCGGGUCACCAUCAUCGUGCCAAUCAUGAUGCUGGCUAUCAAGGAGGCAGCAUCCGACAUGUCACCGUACGUCAGGAAGACGGCCGCUCAUGCCAUUCCCAAGCUGUACAGCUUGGAUCCUGAGCAAAAAGAUCAGUUGAUUGAGGUCAUUGAGAAGCUCCUUGCUGAUAAAACCACGUUGGUUGCUGGCAGUGUCGUCAUGGCCUUCGAGGAGGUUUGUCCAGAGCGCAUUGACUUGAUCCACAAGAACUACCGCAAGCUGUGCAACCUGCUGAUCGAUGUUGAGGAAUGGGGCCAAGUGGUCAUUAUCAACAUGCUCACUCGCUACGCAAGGACGCAGUUCCUCAACCCUAAUGUUAACGAGACACUGCUGGAGGAGGCUGGGGGGGAGAAGGCAUUCUACGGCUCAGAUGAUGAUGAAGACGAAGAUGAGGAGGAGAAAGAGAAGAAGGCGGAGCCCGCCGCCUUAUCUAAGAGGAAGCCAUACGUCAUGGACCCAGACCACCGGCUGCUGCUUAGGAACACCAAGCCACUGCUGCAGAGCCGGAAUGCAGCCGUGGUGAUGGCUGUAGCUCAGCUAUAUUUCCACCUGGCCCCUAAGGCGGAGGUGGGGGUCAUUGCCAAGGCCCUGGUGCGUCUCAUGAGGAGUCACAGCGAAGUCCAAUAUGUUGUCCUUCAGAAUGUGGCUACCAUGAGCAUCAAGAGAAGGGGGAUGUUUGAACCUUACUUGAAGAGUUUCUACAUCCGCUCCACCGACCCAACACAGAUCAAAGUUCUGAAGCUGGAGGUGCUGACUAACUUAGCCAAUGAGACAAAUAUAUCAACAAUUCUGAGAGAAUUCCAGACAUACAUUAAAAGCAUGGAUAAGGACUUUGUGGCUGCCACCAUCCAAGCCAUCGGCCGUUGUGCCACCAACAUCGGGGAGGUUAGGGACACGUGUCUGAACGGGCUGGUCCAGCUGCUGUCCAACCGCGACGAGCUGGUGGUGGCAGAGUCUGUGGUCGUGAUCAAGAAGCUUCUGCAGAUGCAGCCAGAACAGCACAGUGACAUCAUCAAGCACAUGGCCAAACUCACUGACAACAUCCAGGUGCCCAUGGCACGAGCCAGCAUUCUGUGGCUCAUAGGGGAGUACUGUGAGCAUGUGCCCAAGAUCGCCCCAGAUGUCCUCAGGAAGAUGGCCAAGACAUUCACUAAUGAGGAGGACAUUGUCAAGCUUCAGAUCAUCAAUCUGGCUGCAAAGCUCUACCUGACUAACUCCAAACAGACCAAGCUGCUGACCCAGUACGUGUUGAACCUGGCUAAAUACGACCAGAACUACGACAUCCGUGACCGCGCCCGCUUCAUCCGCCAGCUCAUCGUGCCCACCGAUAAGAGCGGAGCCCUCAGCAAGUACGCCAAGAAGCUGUUCCUCGCCCUCAAACCCGCGCCUGUCCUCGAGUCUCCGUUUAAGGACCGAGACCACUUCCAGCUGGGCUCCCUGUCUCACCUGCUGAACACCAAGGCUGGCGGCUACCAGGAGUUGUCGGACUGGCCGGACGCCGCCCCUGACCCCUCUGUCCGCAACGUGGAGGUGAAGGAGUCUGUUCUUACGCUGCUCGAAAGAGUCACAGCUCUAACCAGUGUGCCCGAGUGGACCAAGUGCAGCAGCCGAGAGAAGAGGAAAGAGAAGAAGGUGGAGAAGCCGUUCUACUCUGACUCAGAAGCAGAGUCAGGGGCGACAGAGUCAGCUGACUCCGACUCGGACACGGCCAGCAGCUCUGCUAGCCCCAGUGGCAGCGAGGAGAGCCCGUCUGGGUCAGAGAGCGAUAACAGCGAAGACGAGUCAGAGUCCGAAGAGGAGGAAGAUGAGGAGGACGAGAGGAAGAAGAAGAAAAAGGAGGUUAAGAAACCAGUGCGAGAGAGUGAAAGUGAGCAAAGCAGCGGAGAGGAAAAGAGGAAACCAGAGAGGAAGAUUCAGCCACGGAAGAUAGAAUCGGAGUCAGAGUCAGAGGAAGAAGAGGACAGCGAAUCAGAGAGCAGCAAAUCAGAAGAGUCAGAAGAAGAGUCGGAGUCUGAGACUGACAAGAAGAAGAAGAAGAAGAUCCUAUCUAAACCUCCUUCUAAACCACCCAAAAAAGAGAGCAAGAAGGAGAAGAAAGAGAUGUCCCUGCUGGAUCUUGAUGACUUCGAGCCCAGCCCAUCUCCUCAAGUCACGCCUGUGAACAACUUCCUGUCCAGCAGUCUGGUGACGGACCUGGAGGGCUUGUCGCUGUCAGACAGCGUUCUGUCCCCUACCAUCACCCCAUCUGGAGGCCUGAGGACCUACGAGCUGCUUCACCGCAUCACUGGUGAGGGCCUGUCAGUGGAGUACUGUUUCAGCCGUCAGCCUUUCAGCCCCGACCCUCACAUGGUGGCCGUGCAGAUCCAGUUCACCAACAGCGCCAACACCGAGGCCAAGAACCUGCAUGUGGAAGACGCCAAACUGCAGUCUGGCAUGAGAAUCAAAGAGUUCACAGAAAUCGAGAUGCUACCAGCUGGCGAGACAGUUACAGUGGUGAUGGGUAUCGAUUUCUGCGAUUCGACGCAAGCUGCAAACUUCCAGCUGUGCACUCACACCAAGAAGUUCUUUGUGUCGAUCCAGCCCCCGGUUGGAGAGCUGAUGAUGCCUGUCUUCAUGACGGAGAAUGAAUUUAAGAAGGAACAAGGUCAGCUGAUGGGUAUGAACGAGAUCUCAGAGAAGCUGAUUCUCGGUGAGAGGUGCCAGGGCGAGCACACCAUCGUCCAGAGGGUGACCACGGCCGCCAGCCUCAGCCGGGUGCCCUGUGGGUCCGACAGGGAAUGCAGGUUUGCAGCAAAGACAGUGACCAGUGGCAGCUUGGUGUUGGUCACUGUGGUGGCCAGACAGGAAGGUGCUGCCCAGCUGACAGUUAACUGUGAGAAAAUGGUGAUCGGUACAAUGCUGGUCAAGGACAUCCUUCAGGCUCUGACCCAGUGAUGACCCGCUGGUGACCCAGUGAUGACCCGCUGGUAACCCAGUGAUGACCCGCUGGUGUUGUAUUGACCCCCACUUCUUUAUAGCUCUUGUAUCGUCUCAGCUCUCACAUACACACAGCUAUGCCCACACCUGAGCUUAAGAGUCCUAGACUUGCAUACAUAUUUUUGCAUUUGGGUACCAGAACAAAUUACAACCUUACAUAGUCCUCAUGAAAUCCAGAAUGUUAUUGCAGUGCACAAUUUGCAAUGACAAUCAGGCAUAGAAAUUCAGUUUGUCCUUUAGCUUGAGUUCUCAAUACAUAAUGUUACAGCCCUGUUUCAGAACGGCUAAUGAUGUACAAUAUAGCUGCAAGAGAGUUACACAUACUGUAUGUGUUUAAUCUCACGUUAGACAGUUGACCAUGUUGUUUCAAGUGAGCGAGAAUGUAGCAUGCAGAAAAAUACCAACUCACAAGGCCUUGUCAGACAGGAACGUACUGUAAUAUGAUCAAUAUUGUGACAGGAUAUAGAAUCUAAGAAAAGAUGGUAAUUCGUUAUUUUGACAUUUCCUUCAAGCCUUUGUCAACUGGAUUUUCAAUAGAGCCCUCAUUUCAAUACUGGUAGUAUGAUUGUUAAUGCUGAAUCGUUAUAUUUGUGAGAGUAAUAUAUUCCACUCUACAUUUCUAGUCAUUUAGCAUCUCGGAUACCUUUCAAACUGUCAUACAUGGAGAAAUUAUUUAAUUAGAGGACUAGCAGACUAAAAAGUAUGGAAAUUAUAUAUAUAUAUAGUAUAAUGUAUGUCCUUAAAGUGUGAUGUGAAAUAUUGUUCUGAGAGGCAGUGACAUGGCGUGUGAAGUGAAGACCUGUUCUGUUCACUCGUGCCCUUGUUCUGCCUUUCCAAUGACUUCCUUUUUUCUUUACUUAAGUGAGAUAUUAUUUUGAAAUGGUAGAUAAUCUACACUAGACUUUAAUGAUGUUACACAGUUCUCUACUGAGUUAUGAACCAUCUUCUUGAACUUCCCUUGUAUCAUACAUCCCACCUGCAUCUUGAGGAGGAUUGAAAACACACUGAGAGGUCACUAAUGCAUCAGGUUUAAUUCUAUAUACAUCAAUUUCUCUGUCUGUAGGUAGACAUAUUUGGGAAAAUCACAGCCCCUUGCAUUGUUUCAUUUUUGCAUCUAUUUAUUUACUUAUUUAUAUAGAAAUUAUAAUGCUUCAUUGUUUUUCAUUAUCGCCAGUAAAACAUUCCUAAUUGCAAACAUCAGUCACUGUUACUGCAGUCAUUGUACAAUUAAUGAAUGUGUCACUUAGUGUCACUUAAAUCCACUUGGUAAGAGGGUGCUGUUUAAAUGACACAGUUGAAUUGCAUUAAUUGUCCAUAACCACCUAAUACAGUGUUUAACUCAAAAGAUAAAAGCUUUCCCUCUCAAAGUGAUAUCUAGCAAGAAAGGAUGACCUGAGUAACCUUUAAAUGGUUAUUAUUUAAAUGUAUUUCUGAUAUAAAGACAAUGCGUUAUCCAUGUGUGGUUGUGCAAUAAUGUGGUGUAUAACGUUGCAGCUUUAUUUAUUAUUCUAAUGAAAAUAUAAAUAAAAUA